AUGCCUGAUGCCACUGGAGAUGGUGCACGAUGUGCCCGAGAUGAAGAAGCCCGUGACGGAGCGUUGCUGUGCUUGACGGUUAAAGCCCAGUUGGAGGACAUGCUGUCCGACGGCCAGCUGGCCGAGGACGGCUUCCUGCUGAAGCACGUGCAGAAGAACAAGCAGGGCUACGUCAGUCUCAAGCUCCUCACUUGUCUGAAGAAGAUAAAGAUCCUGACCACAGACUGGUCCGUGACGCUCGCAGCAGCAGCGUCCUCGGGACUUCUGCAGGUGAACGAUGAAUCCACCAAAGUGAGGCGGAGAGAGCCGCUUCCCCAAUGGCUGCUGUGUUCCCCCACCAGCAAGCUGCUCCUCGCCUGGAACAUCGCUGUGAAGAAAACAAGUGAAGAAGACGCAGCGCCUCGAGGCCUGGAGGCAGCCUCCCUCCCGGGGACCAUCCUCCAGAGGUUCAGCCCUUAUGGCAGUGUCACUUCCCUCUGUAUCCUGUAUCCUGGUGAGAAGAUCCCCAAUGAACUGCAGUGCUACGCCAAGCACCACAAAGAGCUCAGCCGACAAGUGUGUGCAGUCGUGAAGUUUGACUAUUUGUCUGAAGUCCGUAAGGCCUACAACGGGCUGAAGGCAGAGGAGACGGCGUCUAGCGGGGAGGCCAUGCGCGUUGUACCUCUGGGGUUCCUGUCAAAGGGCCACACCACCGAGGACCGAGCAUCAGAGGACAACAACGAGGACCGAGCAUCAGAGGACAACAACGAGGACCGAGCGUCAGAGGACAACAACGAGGACCGAGCAUCAGAGGACAACAACAACGAGGACCGAGCUGAGGACGCACCUUCUCAGAAAAAUCCACUUGAAACCUCAGAGGAGGAACCCUUUGCACCAGUUAAAGUUUCUGAUACAUGUCAGCCUCAGAGGUCCUUGGAUAAUUCCAGGCAUCGCCCCUUGGAGCAAGUCUCCGCCAGCUUUAAUAGCUGCUCUGGUUUGAAUCAGAAGUACAGAGCGAGAAGGUUUUUCUCUGGAGAUUGUGAUUCUCAGAGCCCCUGGGUGCUGAGUCGCAAAUCUGCAGCCUGUGCAUUAAAUCCCAAGGUGGCUCGGCACAGGAAUGCGCCUUACUUAAUGCAAAAAGUGCUGCGUCAGCCCUACGGCCCAGACGGCACCAAGGGCUUUCGCAGCAGAGGGAAGGCGUUGCACCAUGAAGACUCCAACGCUGUCCUGGAAGUAGUAACACCACCUGUAUAA